AGGGACACGACUGGCCCCAUCUUUAGGCAGUAGGUGCCUAGGGCACUCUACAGCUCUGCAGCAUGUGCCUGCAGCGUAUUAGGGAUGAGGAGCCUGCCCAAGUCUACCCAGAAGGACCGCGAAGGCACCACCCUUCAGAUGUUUCUUCCAGGCAGUCUAUGGAUAAACGUAUCCACUACAUGCAGAACCUAAGGAAAGAAAAGAGGAAAUUGGAAAAAAAGUUUGCAAAGCCUGCCCCCAUUCCAGAUCCAGGACUCCUGGCAGCCAGGGCAGCUGACAGCACACUGAACCGCGGGUGUCAGGGCCUCAGAGGACAACCCAACCGCCUUUCGCACCGGCACCUGCCCACACCUAACUACGCAUGUGCAGCGCUCCUGGGCGCCGCUCAGCCGCAGAGGGAGAGGGAUCAGCCCCGCCUCCAGGGCGUGGGGUGA